AUGUCUCACUUUGGUAGGUCUGGCCCUCCCGACAUCGCUGACACUUACUCUCUCCUGGUCCUCAACAUAACCUUCCGUACUAGCGCUGAUGAUCUGUUUCCGCUUUUCGAUAAGUAUGGCAAAGUUGUCGACAUUUUCAUCCCCAGAGACCGAAGGACUGGCGAGUCUAGGGGUUUUGCUUUUGUGCGAUACAAAUAUGCUGAUGAAGCACAGAAAGCGGUUGAAAGGCUCGAUGGAAAAGUUGUUGAUGGUCGAGAGAUAACUGUUCAGUUUGCAAAAUAUGGGCCAAAUGCGGAGAGGAUUCAGAAAGGAAGGAUUACUGAAGCACUACCAAAAUCAAGGUACAGGUCAAGAAGUCGCAGUCCUCGGAGAAGGUACCGAGAUGACUACAGAGACCGUGACUACAGGAGGAGAAGUCGCAGUAGGAGUUGGGAUAGGUAUGACCGUGACAGAUACCAUGGGAGGGAUAGAGACUAUCGUCGACGAAGCAGGAGCCGCAGUGCCAGCCCUGAUUACUAUAGGAGCAGGAGAAGAGGGCGCUAUGAUGAUGAAAGGCGGAGUCGAAGUCGAAGUAGGAGUCCAAUUCGAAGUCGUUCCAUUGAUAGUGUCUCCCCUGCUCGGCGUAGCCCUAGUCCUCAUAAGAGUCCUUCCCCACUAAUCAGGAGCCGCAGUGCCACCCCUAAUAGACGUAGUCAUGAUAGACAUUCUCCUACUUCUCGAAGUAUUUCACCACGCCAUCGUCCUGCUGAUUCUCGUACUCCAUCCCCUCGAAAUUCAGAUGUUGAUGUGAGUUGA